AUGUCUAAACGCGGCAACGAGGGACCUCAGGGGGAUAAGGAUUCUCUCAACGAAUUCCUAAUGGCGAGCACACCAGAGGAGAAGCCUCAGCGGGCGAGCGCUGCGCAGUUGGCCAACAGAAAAAUUAAAGAUGUUCGGAGGCGACGGCCAGGCACUGCUGCAGCAUCUCCCGCACCACCACAACAACCUUUCAGCAGCCCUUUCGGCUCCCUCAAUCAGAAUGCGCUCAAUCAGAACGCCAACCCGCCCGCUCCCACAAACGGGUUCUCAUUUGGCCAGUCUCAGAGUUUCCCAGGCCCUGCUCCCAGUUCGAGUCAGCCUGGCACAAACGGAGCAUCAUCGCCGUUCUCUUUUGGUGGUGGAAGCGGCGGUCCAUCCUUCAAUUUCGCCGCGGGACCUAGCACAACAGCCAGCAAUCCAUUUGCUACCGUGAGUACGGCCGCCCCGAGCCAACCAACCGAUGGCGGUGGCUUCGGAGGAUUCAAGGGAAACAUCUUCAAUCUUGCACCAACAAGUCCGGCGCCUUCUGGUGGUCUCUUUGGUGCGACAUCUGGACCUUCCGCCGGCGUCACGCCUGCUACUAGCGGCACUGGUCUAUUUGGACAAACAAGUGUUUCGAGUCCCGCGCCGACCCCUGCGGCUUCAACGAACAUCUUUGGCCAGCCCACUUCGGACAAGCCAACUAUCUUCAGCCAAUCUACGGGCUCUGAUGAUUCGAUGCAAACUUCUCCAGACGCCAAGAGCAGCACUGCGUCGAAGCCGUCCAUCUUUGGCAAUGGAACAACGCCCGCGCCACCUCCUACCUUUGGCGGUUUUGGCGGGAACAACCUAUUCAGCAAACCCGAGAGCUCUGCACCCAGUCCGUCACCUACCAAGCCUCUCUUUGGUGCAAAACCAGACGAAAAAUCUACUCCAGCAACACCAUGCACCUUUGAAGCCAAGCCCGCAGAGCAGUCUGGCGCGGCGUCGCCCUCCAUUUUUGGCGCCACCACUCAAACCAGCUCUGCAAUGACCACCUCUACGGCUGCACCUUCAUUAUUUGGAGCCUCUACAACUUCCCAGAACCCCUUCCAGUCCGGCAAUCUCUUCUCAGGUGUCCCUGCGGCAACCGAAAAGCCACAAGAAGAGAAAAAGCCAAGCGACUCUGCGCCAUUCCAGUUCACCCCGUCUGCCUCCACUGGGGCUUCGUUGUUUUCCAAGAGCGAGACUACACCAGCAGCUGGUGGAUUGUUCGGUCAGAAGCCCAGUUUUGGUGCAUCGCAGCCUCCAUCGACAGGCAACCUCUUUGCGCCUAAGCCACCGGCUUCUACAGAAGAGAAGGCACCCGCAGUCAACCCGUUCGGCGGGAUUUUCGCGCCCAAGCCAGCUCAACCGGCCACUGAAAGCAAACCGGAAGAGGGAAAGCAGCAGCCUGCAGCCCAAUCAUCCUUUAGUGGUGGUCUCUUUGCCCCCAAGCCAAGCGAGCCCGCAAAACCUAUUACCACACCUUCUUUCUCGGCUUCUACGCCUGCUGCCAGUACGGCCAAGCCUCCAAGCGCUUUUCAACCGUCUACUUCCUUGUUCCAGCUACCUCCCACUGCGGCUCCCGCGCCGGCCCCUCAGCGUCUUGAGACGAUGCAGCCUAAGGGGCUUUCGGUUGACCUCAACAAGCAUUUGAAAGAUGACGUUGAGCUAUUGAACCGGGUUCGCAUUCUAAAUGAGUCUUUCAAGCGCGAGAUAACGAGGCUUGAUCCGUCUAAAGAUGAUUUUGAUCUCGUUAUUCUGUACUAUAUGCGCGUUCGCGAUACAAUCGGGGCCCCUACUGGCGGGGAACAUGCCCCUAAGCGCAAGACUCGGGAUGAAGACGGUGACCAGGGUGUUCCAGCUCAGAAGAAGGUGAAGCCUUUUGGCGAAGCCCCAUCUCCGCCACCACCGCAGAUGAACAUCGGACCUAGCUCCAUCACCAGCACUCCCUCCAAGCUGUUUGGUGCGAGUGAAAUCGCUAGUCCCAGCAAGAGGAAAGCGGACGAAGAAGAUGGCGAGCCUUCCUCGGCCAAACGCUCGCAGGGCGAUUCCGCUACCGCGAGCAUCUUCGCCCAGACCUUUUCUAACUCCAAGUCGGCCGAGUCUGAAAAGGAAGAGACUUCUAGGGUUCCCGUCUCUUCUCCCUUCAAGCCGUCCACUCCUGAGUCUAAGAAGGUGGCGCCAGUCUCGACCACACCGACCGCAUCUCCUGCAAAGACCCUUUUCCCCACCUCAGCUGUGUCGAAGGAGCCUUCCGCUCCUACCUCGCUAUUCGGCCAGCCUUCAUCCGCAUCGAAGCCCGCCUCCGAAGCACCAAAGACCGAUGCUGCUCCUGCCAAUCCUUUCACACUGAAACCUACGGAAAUCAAGAGUGCGGAACCGACGGCUGCCCCGUCGUUCUCGAUACCAAAGUUCGGUAGUGGCGGUGGCACGAAUUUCUUUGCGCAGUUCAAGACCCAAGCGGACAAGCAAGCCGAGAAGGAGAAAGCCAAGCGGAAGGAAGAGGAUUUUGACUCUGAAGAAGAAGAUGAGGCUGAGUGGGAACGCAAGGAUGCUGAGCAACAACGCAAGAAGCGGGAGGAGCUCGAAGCCCAAUCGCAGAGGCGGGCUAAGUUCAUUCCUGGACAGGGAUUUUCCUUCGAGGAGGAUGAUAGUACCAACACUCAGGAUAGCACCAACACCCAGGACUCCAAGAAAUCAGAUGAGACGAACGGUGUGUCCUUCGCGAGCUCUGCGACAUCGGUCUUUGACACAAAGAGUGAGACCGAAGAGAAACCCAGCAACAUUUUUAGCCACUUGUCUGCUACUCCUACGGAGGUUGAGGAGAACGAUGGCAAUGAUACUGAAGAGGCCUCAGACAAUGAGGAUGAGGGUCCGGGGCCCAAGGCCGCCACUGCCAGCAGAGAUGACGGGUCCAAUGAUAGCGAAGAUGGUGACUUUGGCAAGGCUCUGAAGAAGUCUAAGACCUCUGACAAGCCCGCUGCGGCCACGGAAACCACCAGUGAGUCUACUCCAGCGAAACCCGCUGGCGGUAGCCUGUUUGGCAGUGAUCAGGAGAAAGAAGGCGAGUCGAAGUCGGGUGAGGCUACUCCGAAGAACCCGUUUGCUUCGUUAUUCAGCACCCCGAAGCCUGCGGCUCUCUCAAGUGGAACCCCAAGCCUUUUUGCACCAACUACUUCUACUAGCGGCUCCACGAGUAUUUUCGGUGCAUCCACAAACGCCACUGGCGGAAGCCUGUUUGGCGCCUCGUCGACUGGUACCGGAUCUCUCUUUGGCGCAGGCCAAAACGGUGUCAAGAAUGACCAGACAUGGAAGAAGGACUCUCCUAUCAAGUUUGCAUCGGACUCAAAGCCUGACUCAACUUCUUCGUCCGAAGCCCCGAAGCCAUUCUCUACCCUGUUUGGGGCACCACCUGCGCCGAAGCCAUCGGCGUCUGGCGAUUCCAAACCGACGCUUGGAUUUACAUUCGGCGCUCCCUCAACUCAGACUUCUUCUAUCUUCUCCUCCGCAGCUGCUUCCGCCGCAACCAGCACUGCUUCGACGCCAGGGACGUCUGAUGCCGGAGCUGGCGAAUCUGGUGACGGCGAGGCAGCUGAGGCUCUGCCCCAGGUUGACCUUGCUCGCGGCGGCGCAGGCGAAGAGAAUGAGGACGUACUCAUAGAGACGCGCGCUCGUGGAUUGAAGAUGGCCAAGGAGGGAUGGGACAGCCAGGGUGUUGGUUUCGUCAAGAUUCUGAAGAACCGUGAAACUUCUCGCUCCCGCGUGGUCCUUCGUGCUGAUCCUAGCGGCAAGGUGCUGUUGAACGCUUCGCUGAUGAAGGAUAUCAAGUACACUGUCAAUGGAACCGGUGUGUUUUUCGCCGUUCCCCAGCCUGACGGAAGUCUCGAGCAAUGGGCUAUUCGGACGAAGAAAGAGGACAUUGGACGCCUUGGAUCUACCAUGGAGGAGGCCAAGGCUUGA